AUGGCACCCAUCACUGACCAUUAUACGCCCGUUGGGCACCCCUUUUACCAGUAUCUCGUCGCCCCACUCCCCGCCUACGAGCUCGGCCUCUCGUUUGUCCCAGUGCCCAGGUCCGAAAGCUCCUCAGACUGGGAGACCGACAGUGUCCUCCGCUCCUUCACCGCGAUCGCCCGCCGCAUGUACACGGCCGAGGAGACCAUAGCAGCGAUCAAGGCGUCCCGGAGCAGCAGUCCAGAGUCUAAGAAAUGCUGCAACGUCGGCGACAACCCUCCUAUCAGCAGCACAAGCUCGUCGAGCUCCCGGAGCGACGGCGCCGAGGCCAACGGCUCCAUCGGCCAGACGGCCACGUCGACGCCGCCCUUCAUCGGCACGCCCAGCAGCUCCGUGGAGAACAGCCCGAGCACGAUGGACAACAACGGCCACCACCAUCACCCCCAUCGUGUUGAUAAGGACGUCGAGAUGUUCAAUGCCGACGCGAACGCGGAGGCCGAGAGCGAGACUACGCCCCAGAUGCAGCAGCCACGCGGGCGCAACGGCCUCCGACGCGAGGUCGGCAACCCGAGGGUCAAGCGGAUCGCGCCGCAGUCUGCGCCGCCGGCGUCGACUGCGGAGAGCGCACACAGCCCUCACUGCGGCAAGAACCUGUACACGAAUGUUGACGUCAACGUGCCCCAGCUCAGCUCUUCGUUGGUCGUCCCGAUCGGCCCGCUCGCUGCGGCCGCCGAGAACGGCAUGAGCGCUGUCGAGGAGGCUGCUCAAGGCUCAGGUCCAGGACGUCGUGCGAGUCUGCAACGCUGCCCUAGCGGCUUGUCGCAGAAGAUUACGGUGCCCGUGCAGGGCGUGGACAUGGUUCAGCUCAAGGAAGUUCAAUGCAAUGCCGAGGUAACCCAUGUCAGUCAGGGAGUCGGAACCGAAGGCAAACUCGGUUCCUGCCUCAUCAAAUAGUGCUCGACGUCGAGGACACAUGGGUCGACUCUGUGAUGACACAUUACGGUUACGCGACAGCGUAGGAACACCACAGGGUAGGUCGACCGGUCAUACUCUGUGGCUACGCUGUGACAUGAGUGUCACGUACGUCACAUAUUCUAUACCGAAAGUAUCAAGUUUGAACAAUCGUAAUACGCUGAAAGCUCGUCAAGAUAGUUUCAGGAUA